GCUGGGGGGCCGGGAGGGUCGGCCUUCGGAUCUGAGGAGUCUGUUUCCCUUCCUCCGCAGGUGCCGAUUCUGAAGCCCGCCGAGCCUCGGCCGCUCCUCCGCCCGCGCCGCCCGCCCGGACAUGCCCUAGCCCUCGCCCGCCCGGGCCCUGUGUGAUGUGGAGCGUCGGCCGCCCCCGCGGGCUCUGUGAUCACUUCUGAAUUGCCUCCUGGACCUGCCCCCGCUCGCAAUGAGCUCCCAAACCCACCCAGACGGACUUUCUGGCCGAGACCAGCCUGUCGAGCUGCUCACCCCACCCAGAGUGAACCACAUGCCUAGUGCAGUGGACGUGAGCCCGGCGCUGCCCCUGCAGGUGGCCCCCUCGGCCGUGCCCAUGGACCUGCGCCUGGACCACCAGUUCUCGCUGCCGGUGACGGAGCCCACGCUGCGCGAGCAGCAGCUACAGCAGGAGCUCCUGGCGCUGAAGCAGAAGCAGCAGAUCCAGCGGCAGAUCCUCAUCGCCGAGUUCCAGCGGCAGCACGAGCAGCUCUCGCGGCAGCACGAGGCGCAGCUGCACGAGCACAUCAAGCAACAGCAGGAGAUGCUGGCCAUGAAGCAUCAGCAGGAGCUGCUGGAGCACCAGCGCAAGCUGGAGCAGCACCGGCAGGAGCAGGAGCUGGAGAAGCAGCACCGUGAGCAGAAGCUGCAGCAGCUGAAGAACAAGGAGAAGGGCAAAGAGAGCGCUGUGGCCAGCACCGAAGUGAAGAUGAAGCUCCAGGAGUUCGUCCUCAACAAGAAGAAGGCCCUGGCGCACCGCAAUCUGAACCACUGCAUCUCCAGCGACCCUCGCUACUGGUAUGGGAAAACCCAGCACAGUUCCCUGGACCAGAGCUCGCCCCCCCAGAGCGGGGGCCCCGCAGCCUACAAUCACCCGGUGCUGGGCAUGUAUGACUCCAAAGACGACUUUCCUCUUCGAAAAACAGCCUCCGAACCCAAUCUGAAGCUCCGGUCCAGGCUGAAGCAGAAAGUGGCCGAGAGACGGAGCAGCCCCCUGUUGCGCAGGAAAGACGGCCCGGUGGUGACGGCUCUGAAGAAGCGCCCCCUGGAUGUCACAGACUCGGCCUGCAGCAGCGCCCCCGGAUCGGGCCCCAGCUCCCCCAACAACAGCUCCAACAACGUCAGUGCUGAGAACGGCAUCGCCGGCUCCGUCGCCAGCAUCCAGGCCGAGACCAGCCUGGCUCAUCGCCUGGUGACCCGGGAAGGCUCCGUGACGCAGCUGCCCCUGUACACGUCACCCUCCCUGCCCAACAUCACGCUGGGCCUGCCCGCCACCGGCCCUUCGAGCGGGGCAUCCGCACAGCAGGAAGCUGAGAGAUUGGCCAUCCCGGCCCUCCAGCAGCGCAUCUCCCUCUUUCCCGGCACCCACCUCACUCCCUACUUGAGCACGACGGCCGCCGCACUGGACCGGGAUGGGAGCGGCGCCCACAACCCCCUCCUGCAGCACAUGGUGCUCCUGGAGCAGCCGGCACAGACGCCCCUGGUCACAGGCCUGGGGGCGCUGCCCCUCCACGCCCAGUCCCUGGUGGGCGCCGACCGGCUGUCCCCGUCCAUCCACAAGCUGCGGCAGCACCGGCCCCUGGGGCGCACGCAGUCGGCCCCCCUGCCCCAGAACACGCAGGCGCUGCAGCAGCUGGUCAUCCAGCAGCAGCACCAGCAGUUCCUGGAGAAACACAAGCAGCAGUUCCAGCAGCAGCAGAUGCACCUUAACAAGAUGCUCCCCAAGCCCCCCGAGCCCGCCCGCCAGCACGAGAGCCACCCCGAGGAGACGGAGGAGGAGCUGAGGGAGCACCAGGCGCUGCUGGAGGAGGCCUACCCCGAGCGGCUCCCCGGCCACAAGGAGCCCGUGCAGGUCAAGCAGGAGCCCAUCGAGAGCGACGGCGAGGCCGAGGCCCACGAGGCCGAGCCGGGCCAGCGGCAGGCGGAGCAGGAGCUGCUGUUCCGCCAGCCGAUCCACCAGCUGAGAAAACCAGGUUUCCCCAUGGAGGGCCGGUAUCCCUGUUUCGGGGCCACCGCCCCGUCCCUGGGCGAGCCUUUGUCCCGGCCAUUCCCCAUGUCCGUGAGGGAGCCCCGCCGAGGUUACCAAGAAGAACGGGGGGGGGCCCUGCCCCUGCUCCGCCCCUGUUGCCGGGCCGGCCCCGCCCUUCCCAGAGGAGGGGACUCUGCUGCAGGGGGAGCCCUUCUGAGGCUUCCGGUGCUGGGCGGGCGCAGGUCCGGCAGUGACCACCGGGGGGCAGCGUGGGCCCGCCGCUGGGGCUCCGGGCCUGGUAUCCCUCCGAGUGAGGGGCCCGUGGCCCCGGGGGGCGGGGGGGAGCUUCCCCCGCCACCCCCACUGUGUCUUAGGGGGAGGGGCCGCUGCUGCCGGCUCGGGCCCAGAGUUCCCGGGGCCCCGGGAGAGACGCCCUUCCCCCCGCCCCUCCCCCACUUAAAGCCGUGUCCAGGGCGUCCGGCCGGGGGAGGGGGGGUCCAGGCCGCUCCGCCCCCGGGCCCAAAUCAGGGACCGACGGGGCGCUGGAGGGGGCCUGGGCGCAGCGCCUCACGGUGGCCGUCCCCGAGGAGCCCCCGCGUCUCUCCUUUCUGGGCGUUCUGGGAGCCCCUCGAAGAAGGAAUCACGGUCUCUCCCCGGGGCGGCCAGAAGGUCCCCGGAAGAGCCGCUGCCCGGAAGUUGGGGGGCCCAGCGCGGUCUCCGGUCACCCCGGGGGGGGGGGCGAGAAAAGCUGGUCUCGCCACCAGGGGGCCCUGCCCUGAGGGAGGCGGCCCCCGAGCGAGCUCCCGGACCUCGGUGAUCCCCGGCGCCGUCCGGGCCGGGCUGCGGGGGGUCUGCGGGCCGCGGGGGUCUGCGAGCCCCGGGCUCAGGGCGCCCCUUUCUCCCUGGCAGUGCAUCCGGGGCCGGAAGGCCACGCUGGAGGAGCUGCAGACGGUGCACUCGGAGGCCCACGCCCUGCUCUACGGCACCAACCCCCUGAACAGGCAGAAAUUGGACAGUUCCUUAACGUCCAUGUUCGUCAGGCUCCCCUGCGGCGGUGUGGGGGUGGACAGCGACACCAUCUGGAACGAGGUCCACUCCUCCGGAGCGGCGCGCCUGGCCGUGGGCUGUGUGGUGGAGCUGGUCUUCAAGGUGGCCACCGGAGAGCUGAAGAACGGCUUCGCUGUUGUCCGGCCCCCCGGCCAUCACGCCGAGGAGAGCACGCCCAUGGGCUUUUGCUACUUUAAUUCUGUGGCCAUCGCGGCCAAGCUGCUCCAACAACGGCUGAAUGUGAACAAGAUCCUCAUCGUGGACUGGGACGUCCAUCAUGGCAACGGGACCCAGCAGGCCUUCUACAGCGACCCCAAUGUACUCUACAUCUCGCUGCACCGCUACGAUGACGGCAACUUCUUCCCGGGCAGCGGAGCCCCCGACGAGGUCGGCACAGGACCCGGGGUUGGCUUCAAUGUGAACAUGGCGUUUACCGGUGGCUUGGACCCGCCCAUGGGAGACACAGAAUAUCUAACUGCCUUCAGCACCCCCACUCUGGGGGAGUCCCUGGAUGGCGCAGUGGCUGGUCUCCGCAGGGCCCUGGGUGUCCUCAGUGACCCAGCGGGAGCCGAGUCACCCGAGUGGAUAAAUAACCCUCAAGACGCCUCGUCAGACACGGGGGCAACACCAGCAACGGGCGUUGGUCCGGCUGGGGGAGUGCCCCCAGUGCGCUGGGCCCUGGUGGUGGCCACUGAGAGCGGGACCCAAACCUCAUCGAGGGCCCUGAGGCCUCCCUAUCACUGGUCCCCAAGGCCGCCCUAUCAUCAUGGGGCCCGAGGCCGCCCUAUCAUCAUGGGGCCUGAGGCCGCCCUAUCACGGGUCCCCGAGGCUGCCCUACCAUGUGGGCCCAGUGCCCGCCGUGCUGCAUUUGCUGGGGCCUGGCCCAGAAAGGCUUCGAUUUGCUGCUUCUCAAAAAUAGAACCAGCUUUGUUGCCUUCGUUGGGAUCCUGGGAGGCACUGGAGCUCUGGUGGCUGGGACACAGGCCUUGGUCCCAUGACAAGCGCUCUCUGACCCUCGUGGCCGUCCCGUCGCCAGGCCUCUCUCUGGCCCUGCCUGGGCAAGGGCGGCCUCCACCACCACCACCCCCGGUGGUUUGGGGGGCUCGGCACCAGCCUCAGAAGCCAGAAAGAACCUGGGAGAUGCCCCCGCCGGGGCUGUCUCUGUACGAACAAGGGUACCAGGACCGGCACCAGCGCCCCCAGAGCAGCCGGAGGCAGGAGGAUGAGUCAGUGCCCCCAUGGGGCCCAAGCCUGGAGGCCCAAGGACGGGCCCUGACCAUGGGUUACCUUUUCCCUGUUUUGGCCCGUGGUUUGGUGGAUGGGGUUUGGGACCUGGGAAUGGGAAUUGUGUCUCCAGUACCUAAUUGCUGUGAGAAGCUUCUCAAGCCUUCAAGCACCCGGAGGCAUCGGCAGAACGGGGGAAUUGAUGAAAGCGCCAGCCCGUGCCCUGGCCGCCAGCCCCCACUGCCGCCCCUGGUUUCUCGUGUCCGGCUGACCAUGAGGUUUGCCAUCUGUGCUCUCUCUCCCCAGCUCGACCCCCUCCCAGACAAGGUCUUGCAACAAAGGUCAAACGCCAACGCCAUCCAUUCUAUGGAGAAAGUCAUCGAGACCCACAGCAAGUACUGGCGCUGCCUGCAGCGCUUCUCCUCCACCGUGGGCUACUCCCUGCUUGAGGCGCAGAAGUGUGAGAAUGAGGAAGCGGAGACUGUCAGCGCCCUGGCCUCCCUGUCUGUGGGGGUCAAGCACGCCGAGAAGAGGUCCGAUGAUGAGCCCAUGGAAGAGGAGCCUCCCCUGUAGCAGCCAGCUCAGACCUGCUGGUCUCUCGUUUGUGCGUCUCUUGUCUUGAAGCUCUGCCAAGAAAAUUCCUCCUGUUGCUCCUGCGUCCUGUCAGGGUGUUCUCCCAGAAUACAAAGGGACGGCCAGGUGUGACGCAACCACAGGACUGGUCUUUCUGGAUACGGAAAACGAGUCUUCUGCAUCUACAGAUAUCUCGAUAGACAUAUAGAAAUAUAUCUACGUCCAUAGAUAUAUAGACGGGCGCGCCCACACCCCCCACCCGCAGACAUCAACGACCCCUCCGCCUCGACGUGGCCCGCCGGUGAGCGCGACGCACGUGAGACACGUGGAGCCGGGGGCUCUUUCUCCGCUCCAAAGUGGGAACCCGUGAGGAGGAAGCAGCCAGUGGCGGCUUUGGGUCGACGGCCACGUUGUGUGGAGACAGACGGCGGUAGCCGCCGAGGAGACCCACGUUUUAAAGCUCUAAUACUACAGAAAACAAACUUCAUUAAAACUGGUGCUUAAGGUUUGAUUACCCACAAUUCCACAGUCUCCGUUGAAACCACUCGACUCAUCGUGUAGCUCGUUUGUUUGUUUUUUUAGAAAAAGAAAAGGAGAAAAAAGAAAAGGGGGGAAAAGGGUUUUUAUGACUCCGGCCUGCCCGGGAGUCCGAAAUCUAAUCUACAAACCCCCAUGAUGCGCGAGGGCGGGUUUUUUUUAUCGGGAGGGUGGGGGGCUGAGGAGACUAAUCCCUCUCUCUUUUUUAAUAGAACAAAAAACAGGAAAAAAAAAAAUCACGAGCGCCCCCCCCCCCCCCCCCCCGGGAGGAGUCGGCUUUAGCUUUUCAAAGCCGCCUGAAGAUGAGAGUUUGUGCCUUUUUUUCAAUUGAUCCGAUGGAUUUGGUGUGGCGGAUUUUUCAGAAGUUUGAAGGACAAUGCCUUAAGUUGAAAAGAAAAGAAAAAGCAGGACUCUGCGGAGCGACUUCCUCUGGCUGACAGAGCCAAGACCUGCCAGCGAGCCCAGAGCGAGCAAGAGAGAGCGAGGGAGCGAGCGAGCGGCCCGUGCUCACGUGAGGACUGAAGGCAGCCGGCCUCCCUGCCUGCGGUGCCUCCGGAAUUCUCUCCUGAGUUGGGGGGAAAGGGGGGGCGGUCGGUUCGGUUCAGUUCGGUUCGGUCCCGUUGGAUUUUUGUUUGUUUUUUUGUGGUUCUAUUUCAUUUCAUUGCUGUUUAAGACAAAUUAAGGGAGUUGCCCCCGAAGUGGCAAAUACGGUUGGGUGUUUUGAAGUCUGACAGAUUGAGAAGGAUCCGAGGCGUUUUCUUUCCGGCAUCGAUCACAGAACGGUCGAACACAGCAAUUUGGUCGUCGACGCAUGUAAUAGAUACACUUGCAGUUUUCAGAUUGGGAUGCUUUUCCCCGAGAGCAGACUAGCAUGAGGUAUUGCUUCAAUUGUAGGUAUAAAUAGAUAUAUAUAUAUAGAUAUAUAUAUAAUGUAUGUAUAAUGUAUAUUCCAAAUGUACUCCAAGCUUAGAAACUUGAUUCUUAUGAAAUCUUGAUAAAAAUAUUUAUAAUGCAUUUAUAGAAGAAAUAAAAAGGUAAAUAUAAUAAAUGCAGAUUGUAAAAGUCACCUUUUCAAGGUUCCCUAGCGAAUGGUUUUCCUUGUGAAUUGGACCAGACCGGUGCUGAGGGAAAGGGAAAGUUAGAAAGGCUUCAGACCGCCAACACAUUCGCCACUGGGCAACGACCUUCGAUGUUUGCAUUUUAAUUUCAGGUUCUGUUUGUUAUGUUGGGUUUCUUUUGUAACAGGACCUCUGUCCCCCCUCCCCCUCUUCGCACACAUACACAGAGUUUUGGGGAUUUUUUUUGGGGGGGAGGUUUGGUAGCGAGAACUAGAAAAACUUGUUGAUUUUUGUAUCGAUAUUUUUCAAUCCCGAAGAAACCUCGUUUGUGUGGAUUUGAACUUGUUUUCCACUGGGCAGUUUUCUGACUUGUUAUGAUGUCAAAAGGUCUUUCUUGCCUCGGUCCUUGCUUAUACAGUUUUUAACCUUUAAAGGUCUUUUUUAUUAUUAUUAUUAUAAUUAUUAUUAUUUGGGGGAUUGUUUUGUUGUUUUGUACAGUCAGCAUCUUUCCUCCGGGCUGAGGAGACAUUACAAUUUAGAGUCUGUUUUCAGAAACGGAGCGUUUAACGAAAAGAGAGCUCCUCGGCUCUCGCUCGUGGAACGAUAGAGCCGAGGUCUCUUUCCUGAGUUUUGUUCUGGCAAAGACGGAGCGGAGCUGGGGUGUUUUUGACCUUCCAUCCAGGGGGCCCCCCUCCGCUCCAGUCGGCACGCCGAGCUCCGCCGGGGAAGACUUGUCUGCCUUGACAAAAAUAAUUUCCAAAAUUCUUCCCCGAGACACUGUUGCUCAGAUAGAAUUGUAACUUUUGUUCUCCAAAGACCUUAGGGGAAAAAUGCUUUUGAGAAUGUGGAACGGGGCGAGGAGUGUUGUUUUUCAAUUUUUUUUCUUUCUGCCAUCUGGUUUAGACCUUCACUCUGAAGCACCAGAUGCUUAUUACUGGAGCAUGGGGCUGCAGGAGGCCGAUUGACACAUGUAUUCCCCCCCCCCCCAAAG